CUCGGGCUCGAGGCGUUUCCCGAGGCCCAGCGCACCCGCCGCCACAGCACACCCGUACCGCUCUGUCCCUGGAGCGAUGCUGUGUCAGAAGGGGCAGUGCCCAGAGCUCGUCGGCCCGAAGAUCGAGACGACCCUUGGACGCCUGGCAGGCGGCCAGCAGCCCGAGGCCCCACGGCCGCCCGCCUCGCCGGUCAGCCAGCCCGGCGCCCGUGCGCGCGGGGCCUGCUCCACCACGGGAUCGUCGCGGGCAGCCUGGACGACGCCACCCAUCGCACGCCGCGCACGUCGACCACGCCGCCGCCUCCGAGGCACCCGAACGACGAGGUGCCCCCGUUGCUGCUGGCCCUGGAGCAGAACUGCCUGAAGCAGGCACGCUUCGCCCUCGAGGUGGACCCGGGCGCGGCCAAGCUGCCGUUCCUGCAGCCCCGCUUUGAGUGGCCGCCCUGCGCCGCGAUCCGCCUCGGGUGCAGCGGCGACGUUGUCAGGCUGCUGUUCGAGCACGGUGCGGAGGUCGAGGUGACGAACACUCAGGGACAGUCCCCGCUCCAGCUUCUCAGCUCAGGAGCGGAGCGUCACGGCAUCCAGAUUCCUCGGGUCGACUUGUGGGGAACUCCUGGUCUCGCGGAGUGGGCAGAGUGGAUGCUCGGGUCCACCGAGCAGUACGAGCUGGACGUGGCCACGGCGCUGCUGAUCGCAGGCGCGGGUCCGGCGACGUGCCGCGGCGACCCUGCCAGAGGAUACUGCUCGAGUCUGGAGUUGGCCCGGCGCGCUGGGAAAGGUCAUUUAGUCGGCUUGUACGAGGCCGGGACCACGUGCUCACGGCCUGACGCAGUUGGAGACCCAUCUCGGGGGUCGGCUUGCGCAAAGCCUUUCGGGCCGACAGGACCGGGCUUCCCUUGAGCGAAUCACUGCACGCACCCAGCCGAGGCCAGAGCGCUUCCGGGAGCCGACGGGGGCGCGCGAAUCGCCGGAGUCGGAGGUCGAGGAGGGAGCAAGAGAGAGGAGGGGGGACGACGCCGACGACGACGACGACGACGACGACGACGACGACGACGACGACAACGAAUCAGUGCGCUGCCGCGCGUGGUGUCCGAUUUUGAGACAGGUGAGAGUUUCUUUAUAUUGCUUGUCGGAUUUUUGGAGCUUGUGCGGUCUCGAAUCCACGUGAUUCACUUGUGCAGCUUUUGUCCCAUGCGUCUUUCAGACGCCCAGAAGCGUGAUGCAUGGGAUGAGAUUUGCGCCCCUGCUUCCCCCUGGCCCAGCUCCUGGCAAAUCUAGGCCAGGCAGACAGGGCAGGAACGGGAGGCGUGCGCGGGAGGGAGGGAGACCCCCCUGCGCGCGGCCCGAUCUCGCCAACCCGAUGUUCCAGGCGCGCCGCGCGCCUCAGCGCCGCCGCGCGUUUGCAGCCAAGACGGCGUUUGCUCCGUAGCCUCUGGCUCAAGGCCGUCUCUGGGCCUCGGCCCCUCGGCCGGGUCUCCCAGCUCAAGGGGACUUCCCCUAGGAGUUUUCUGGCCGCGCGCUCCCCCCCCCAGGCGGCCAUAGCAGACUCCCUGGAUUCCUCUUCGUCGGCUUCACGCAGCAGCUCGAUGAGAGGUUGAAGUAGAUGUUGUACGACAUUUUUAAGGGUCGCUCUGCAGACCAUUACGCUGGUGAUUACACCACAGCAGGUUCAGCUCACUCUCCGCGCGAGUUCAUCUCUCACCGAUUCAACGCGGGGUGCCAGGUGGAGCUGGCUGCCCAUGUCAGUUUGUAGCGUCGCUGAACUCAGGCGGGGAGUGAACUCUAGCUGGAGUUGGCCCUGAUCCUCCGCGGGAAUCAGCCCCCGCCCGCCGUCCGCAUAUGUUAUAGCUGUUCGGCCCAUCCGGUCUCAGUCUGUGCUAUCGGAGAGAUCGUCGCACGUACAUUUAUAUCGCGGUAUUUCGCGUUUUCAUCUUUCCUUGCAGAAUCUUAUUAUUUCCGUACGUUUCGGGUGAGCGCCACGUCUCAAUUUGCGCGGCUAGUGAACCCUAUCUGGUAUAUUUCAGGGAGCUCCCUCCCUUUUUUCUCAGGACGGUGCUGUUUCUCGCCGCC